AUGGAUGAGGCACUCAUCAUGGAGCGGGCUACUCGUCGCCACGCGCUGGCUAGGAUUGAGGGCCUAAUCAAGCAAACCACGAGUUACCAUGUCGAAUCCUCUGACCUGAAGGCGGCCGGUAUCCGCCACCUUCCUUUAUCCCUUGAAAACGAUACCCAACAUCAUCCAUGCUUCUUCAAGCCAUACCAAGAAGAGCUGCCUCUCCCGUCGAAGGAGGAGGAGGACGAGCUGCUGGAAUAUGAGCCUGACUCAAAUCACAUAAUGUGGGAUACUCGCUCUAUGGAGCUCUUUCUCUCUCACCACUUUCAUGAUUGCUGGGGAUAUGCAUCGAAGGCGUACCCCAAUAACCCCCCGCCCUCUGGUGCAUAUCGAGAAACUGGGGACUAUAGGUUUGGCCAACUGCUGGAGUGUAUCGAUUUCAACUGGUAUGCUGUGUUGGUAACCAACUAUCCAGCGGGGAACUGUCCACACUUCAAGGUCAUCCUGGAAAGUGAUGUGAACGGGGACGAUAGACUGCUUCGCGGAGAAAUUAUGACUAUCACUGACAUCAUGGCUGCUCGUCUGAGAACCAAGACGCUGCGCCCGCAUAUUGUUGCCCCAAUUCUUGCCCUGUCUCUCAUGGGUCCUCGUCAUGCCCGUGUCCUAGAGGCUGACUUUGAUGGAGAGAUUCUCAAUAUACGCGCUUCUGGGUUGUACGAUUUCACGCGAAAGAACACUGAUGUUGUUCAAUUGCUGACGCGAUAUUGGCUCGGUGAUGCAUGCGGCCAGACUAUGAUGGAAGCCUCCUAG